GCCAUCUGAAUGCUAAGCCAGGGCAGAAUGCUUGUGAAGUGGGGCUAAAGUGGCAGUGUUUAUCCUGAAAUUCUCUGGCAGGCAGACCGCCAUAGGUAAAGCUUGGUCAGACGGUCCUGAGCCAGGGCUUUAUCUGCGCAUCAGGGAAGACGGGAGGAUGGCGAGGCAGCUCCGGCUUAUGUCAGGGAAAGAUGAAGAUCACUUCCAACACCAGGGAGCGGUGGAGCUGCUUGUAUUUAAUUUUUUGCUCAUCCUUACCAUUUUAACAAUCUGGUUAUUUAAAAAUCACCGAUUCCGCUUUUUGCAUGAAACAGGAGGAGCGAUGGUGUAUGGCCUCAUAAUGGGAUUAAUUUUACGGUAUGCUACAGCACCAACUGACGUUGAUAGUGGAACUGUCUACGAUUGUGGGAAAUUAUCCUUCAGUCCGUCCACACUGCUGGUCAACAUCACUGACCAAGUUUAUGAAUAUAAGUACAAGAGAGAAGUCAGUCAGCACAACAUCAGUCCUCACCAAGGCAACGCUAUACUUGAAAAGAUGACAUUUGACCCAGAAAUCUUCUUCAAUGUUUUGCUGCCUCCAAUUAUAUUUCAUGCAGGAUACAGUCUGAAGAAGAGACACUUUUUUCAAAACUUGGGGUCUAUUUUAACAUAUGCCUUCUUGGGAACUGCCAUCUCCUGUAUCGUCAUAGGGUUAAUUAUGUAUGGUUUUGUGAAGGUCAUGGUGUAUGCUGGCCAGCUGAAAAAUGGGGACUUUCAUUUCACUGACUGUUUAUUUUUUGGUUCACUGAUGUCUGCUACAGAUCCAGUGACAGUGCUGGCUAUUUUCCAUGAACUGCACGUCGACCCAGACCUGUACACACUUCUGUUUGGGGAGAGUGUGUUGAAUGAUGCAGUGGCCAUAGUCCUUACAUACUCUAUAUCCAUUUACAGUCCGAAGGAGAAUCCAAACGCGUUCGACACUGCAGCGUUCUUCCAGUCCGUGGGGAACUUCCUGGGAAUCUUUGCCGGCUCCUUUGCAAUGGGCUCUGCAUAUGCAGUUGUCACAGCACUGUUGACCAAAUUUACAAAGCUGUGUGAGUUCCCAAUGCUGGAAACAGGCCUGUUUUUCCUCCUUUCUUGGAGUGCCUUCCUGUCUGCAGAGGCCGCAGGCCUAACAGGGCCGUAUUUGCCGCCGCCUCAUCUCAGUCGCUUGGAAAUUGCACCUGCAAACAGUCUGUUCAAUAGUCACACAGAAGAACUUGGUUUUAUAGAACAAGUGGCUUUUAGACAUGCAAAUGAAGGCUGGCAUUUCUAUUCCUCAGAAGCCUAA